AUGUCUCUCGAGAAGCUUCAGUUGGAGCACAUCCCUCUUGAGUACCAAGUAUACCUGGGCCUCUUCCGCAAUGUAGCCAACGCCGAUUUUCUCCACAAACAGCUCCUGUCGAGGAACAGCGAGUUCGAGUACGCUUUUAUCGAUGCUUCCACCAUCAUUUCUCGCAUUCAUCUCCUAUCAGCCGUCUACAGCGCCAUCAACAGCUUACUUAACGGGUCAUUACGGACACCCAACGUGCACUCCGAAAUCGUCAUGUCCCUGAACACGAACAAUAAUAUCUCGGACGCAUACCGGCGUUGGGGCAUCACACCAGGGAAGACAAGGGAUCUAGUCGUCGUCAAGGUCAUUCUACCGCCAAAUUCUACGGCCAACCAAAAUCUAAGCCAAACACAAACACCGGAUGAACAAACCAUAUACGGCCAUCUGGAACAACAUGUUCAAGGAACACCUACGCCUGUAACUGACGAAGAGCUCGCGCAAACUACCGACUGGGCCAAAGUGCGCAAGUAUUACCGGCUCAACGGAAUCCAAUCCCUAGAUAAGAUAAGUGAUGAGCGAGAGAAGCGGAAACAAUGCGAGAGUUUGGUCAUUGUAGGGAUGGCAUUACGAGGGUUAUAA